UUUCUUUUGAACAACCGAUAAUUUUAAUAGUUAUUUCGCACUUUUAAUGAUGGAAGAAUUUUUUACAAAAUUGAUACAAUUUGGGGCUCAAAUCGAAGAAUCAUGUCGCGAGUUGAGGACUACAAUUGAAAGUCCCGCAUUACCAAUAUCCUUAGGGCAUCAGGAAAAUUAUUUUCGUGAUAUGCUGGUACAAAGUAAAGCAAUGAUGAAUGAAAUAAAUUCAUUAGAGAAAACUCCAAACACUAAGCAUCAUAUGAACGAUCUCAUUUUAGCUACUAAUAAUGUCUAUGAAAAGAUGCAGCAUGAUAUAUAUUUAAUGGAAGAACAAUUACGCGAAUUCGGUUUGGAAGGAACUUUCGUUCCAAAAUCAACUAUUGAUGAUGAAAAGACGAGGGAGCCUACGGAGGAAAUUGAAUCAAAAUCUACAUCAACCAAGGAACCUUCAAAGUUUCAUCCUGAAUCUGAAAGACGAUUCACACCGCCUGUUAUCAAAACGUUCAAAAGGCUUUCCACUCAAACACAAGAAAGUCCAACGCUUGAAAGUUUUGGUUUAUCAGAUCACGCGUUAGCAUUACUUAAAGCUGGCACACCCGAAUUAAUAAAAGAUUAUGGAAUUAAGCUAAAUUCAGAUAACUCUAAAUCUCAACAAUUUACUAAUAACGUUGCGUCAAAUGAUUUAACACCAAUAUCUUUAUUUGAACGAAUGUCUCCUAGAUCAAGUUUUCCUUCUUUAUCUUCUAACGAACUUCCGGAAUGUACACAAAUUGGACCAAUUACAAAAAAAGAGUUUGAAACACUUGGUCGUGAUAUUCAUAGACAAAUUUCUAUGGAGUUCUUAAAUCAAGUGAUAUAUGAUAUUAAUGAGAUGGUCGGAGAUAAACACGACUUGCCGGAUUUUCCGAAACAGGCUUGGAAUGAAUUCACAUAUGAUGAACUCUUGAAUGAGAUCGGAGUUGGAGGAACAGCCACAAUUGACAUUGUCUUACUAGCUUUGAUAACUCUAGAUAGAAUUGUAUCAAGAUGUAGCGAUCCUGAUCCAAUGAAAAAACGAUAUCGGAUUUUAUAGUUCAUUUUCAGUAAAAUAUAGCUUUAAUAUAAAUUUUCCCAAAUGGUUACAUUUUUUUACUUUAAAUA